CAUAGGGCAUCACUUUCACUAUUCACGCACUCAACAUCUUCUCCAAGUUAGAGGAUUAACAACAGAGAGAUGCAACCCCACACCCAGCCCCCGCAACCUGAAGCUUCCAGUUCAAGAGCCGUCCACAUCCCCUCAGACCCAGCUCCGCCUCGACCAUGCCUCACAAAUGAUGCUAUUGUGUCAAGGUGGCAAAGCUCACCCGGUUUUCAGUAUUUUUGGGCCUGGAUAAAAAGGAGAUGUGACCGAUUGAAAGGGAAAGAGAUCAUAAGAGGUCCAUUUGACCAUAGUGCACAUGGAAUACGAAGCCUUAUGAAUAUGCUGGAUCAAAUGACUAGCUGGGUAGAAGAUGCAACUCCUCAGCCGCAAUCCAAUCAGAGGUUUGGCAAUCUUGCAUUCAGGACAUACAAUAAACUGCUACAAGAGAGAUUACCCCCGCUGAUUGAUUCAUGGGAUAUCCCUUCCAACCUUCGUUCUCAAUUGCUUCCUUUAUUUAUCAAUUCUCAUGCUUUCGGACACCCGACGAGACUGGAUUAUGGGACGGGUCACGAGCUCGCGUUUGUACUCGGCUUAUGGUGCUGUGUCGUCCCUGGAUGGGUUGGCGGUGACAAUGGGACUGAGGAAGAGGAGGACGAAUUGAUUUUGAGAGUAUUCACUAGGUACCUUGAAUUAACAACUUUUCUGCAGAAGACGUACAACCUAGAACCUGCAGGGUCACAUGGAGUAUGGGGCUUAGAUGAUUAUUGUUUCUUACCCUACCUCUUCGGCUCGGCUCAACUUCUAGGCUCAAACCUCACUCCUUCAGCUUCAUUAUCACUGGCUCUCUCCCAUCACCCAUCUGCCACCUCGCCUCCUUCUGCACCCAUAACCGACCUCUAUACCCUCUCCCUCCACCAUCUCACGCUUUUCAAGUUUGGCGCCUCCUUCUCAGAGCACUCUCCAUUACUGUAUUCCUUGUCCCAAAUGCCCAAUUGGGUAAAGCCGCAUGGAGGUUUGAAGAAGAUGUUUUUAGGAGAGGUGGUUGGUAAGAGGGUUGUGGUACAGGGUAUUUGGGUAGGGGGAUGGUGUUGGGGCGAGGAUGUGCCGAAUGUAGAAGAGAGAGGAGAUAAAAACGAGGGUAAAGGAACGGAUGCGGGUACUAAGGCACCGUGGGCGCGCUAAAUCUAAAGUAUCUAAUGAAUGAGUCUGCUCCAUAAAAUUGAGCCAGGAAAGUGAUUACAAGAAGUUGCUCAUGCACAUUUGCACUUAGACGGACCGGCCCUACAUAACAUAUAGACAAUAAUAAAAGCCAAGCG